AUGGACACCUAUUUCAACAGCAUUCAUGUGAGGUACUAUGUUAUUCUCUUAACUGUGUAUACCGCAGAAAGUAAUUAUUUGAAAGAUCUCAGAAUGCCAGGAGGUUUAGCUUCUCAAUACUAUAAGAACAACUUCUAUAAUACAUAUAAGCCUGAUUCAUCAAACCUAGUUAAUGAAUUUGAGCCACUGGAUGAGUUCUAUCCAGUUUACCAUAGUGUGUGUGGUCCCGAUGCGCUAAACUGUGUUGGUCAAAAUAACAGAUAUUAUGUAUAUGUGUCUGUGGUAGUAACCCAUCGUGUUGGGUGGACUUUAGGUCUGAAUAAGGAUGAUGAGGAAUACUGUGUUUGUCAGAGAAGAUCCACCUGUGUUAUGUUCCAGAAUCCUCAGCUAACUGAUGUUUUCAGCAAUUGUUCCAUUGCACAUCUAAACCAUAUAUUCAAUACCCACAGUAAUCUGACAUGUCUUUUCUAUGACUUUCAUACUUACUAUAACAGAUCAGCAACCUACAGUGUUUGUGGAAACGCCGUAAUAAAUGAAGGGGAGCAAUGCGACUGUGGUUCAAACAAGGCUUGUUAUGUCAAUCCCUGCUGCGAGAAUAAUUGUACAUAUUCACGUGAUAGCAUUUGUGAUAAGGAAUUAUGUUGUACAAACUGCACCUAUAGUCCUCCUGGGACGCUUUGCAGAAGC